UGCAGGUACGUUGAACACUUAAUUCCGCACAGAUGGCAGACGCUAGCAAUGGGAUGAUCGGACUACAGGCCGAGCUCGGGGGACCUCCGCCGCAGCUCAUGACAAUGGGCGGCCCACCCGGUGGAGGUCCCAAUGGGCCGGGUAGCCUGUUGCCACCCGGAGCUACCCAUCACCACCCUGGUCCCCCGCCGCAUCUUCAUCCACCAGGAUCUCAACAGCAACAGCAGCAGCAGCAGAUGAAUGGCGGCCGUUCCGGGGGAACUGCCCGCGAGCGGGCCAUGCACGCCGUCGAGUACUACAACAGCAACGUGCUGCGGGCACGCGUUGGUGCGGGACUGGCCGGGCCGAGGAAUUCGGUCCACGAACGGUAUCCGUACAUCCAACGGCACCUGGGGAUGAACGUCGGCGGUGGCGGCGGCAAGCUGGCUCCCCAGAAUUCGGAGAAUCUGUACCGGAGCAAUUCGAGCUUGGAGCUGAUACACGACCACAGUGGAAACCACGACGGGUUGCACCCGGGCCCGGGAACGAACUUGAGGCGCGAGUAUGGGAGUCACGGCUCGAUCGACGUGAUCUCUUCCGAUCGACAUCACGUGGGUCAGAGUACUGGGGAGAGUUUCCUGGCUAUGUUGCAGGAGUAUCGACCGGCGGUGUUUGGGAUGGAACAUGGCCAUCCUGGUCACCACGGACACCACGAGGGUCGUAACGGGGGUAUGAUCUCCUCCGGAGAGGAUAGCUUAGAUCGGGGCAACGCAAGCCCUAAACUGCGAAUGAAGUUCAACCGGUUAUGGUCAUCUUCGGCGGGUCAAGGCGCGAAAGCUGGACGGGGACAAACACAGAGUGCCUCGCUGGAUGAAGCGUCCCUAAAUCCAAACAUUUCGGUCCUCUCGAACGUUAGUGCUACGUCGACCACGACAACGACGGUGUCCUCGGCGGAUAUUGAGGAGCGCCAGCGAAGGCGAGCGUUUGCCCACUUUGACUGUCAGUCGUUGACCGCCAACCUGGGGUACGCGGCGAAACUACGCGGGUUGCUGCUGGCACGGAGACGAAAUACGACGACCGGUGCUUCGGCGGCUGCUACGUACGGGACGAGGUCAUCCACGCCCGAUGGGGACAGUAUAGACGAAGAUUACGGCGAUGGGCAGGGGAACGAACUGCUGGAGAGUUGUCCAUUCUUCAGGAACGAAAUUGGCGGGGAAGAGGAGCGUGAGGUCAGCUUGACCCGCAUGCAGAACCCACUUCCACCGGGUCAACAGCGACGAGCAAUACAUCGACCCGUGCUUGCAUACGGAGUUUCCCUGCUGGAGUGUGGCUUGAACGAAACCCUCUGGAAGGCAAGCACUUGCCCGUACCAGCGCGGGACCCGACCGAUCGAGCAAAUCGACAACGGUGCGCUGUACUACCGGCAGUGUUUCUUCGGUCAAGAACACCAAAACUGGUUCGGAAUGGACGAACAGCUCGGACCGAUCGCGGUUUCGAUCAAGAAGGAGAAGCUUCCACCAAGUGCAACGCCUGCGAUCACGAUCCACGGAGCGGAUGUUUCACCGGCGACGGGCCAAACUCAGCAACACCUGUACCGGUUGAUCGUGCGAACGUCGGAGUUGCUUACCCUGCGUGGUUCCGUCAUCGAAGACUCCAUCCCGAACCCUCGCGGGCCGGGCAAACACAUCAGUACCAAAGAAAUUCUGGAGUAUGUCGCGCCAGAAGUACAAAUCAGCUGUCUCCGGCUCGGGGUCAACACGCCACAGUGCGAACAGCAGCUGCUGAAGCUAGACGAGCAAGGGCUGACCAACAAGUACAAGGUCGGUAUCCUGUACUGUCGCGCUGGCCAAUCCUCCGAGGAGGACAUGUACAACAACGAAGAAGCCGGUCCUGCAUUCAACGAAUUCCUCGAUACGAUCGGCAAACGGGUCCGAUUAAAGGGUUUCGAACACUACAAAGCAGGUUUGGAUAACAAAACGGACUCCACCGGAACGCACUCCCUGUACGCCAACUACCAGGACUGCGAGAUCAUGUUCCACGUGUCGACAAUGCUCCCCUUCACGCCCAACAAUCGCCAGCAGCUGCUCCGAAAGCGUCACAUCGGCAACGACAUCGUGACGAUCGUGUUCCAAGAACCGGGCGCCCUCCCAUUCACUCCAAAGAACAUCCGCAGCCAGUUCCAGCACGUGUUUCUCAUCGUACGAGCGGUCAACCCGUGCACGGAACACACCCAGUACCGAGUCGCGGUGUCCCGCUCAAAGGAAGUCCCCGUAUUUGGACCACCGGUUCGUCCCGGCGCUCACUACGCCAAGGGCAAACACUUUGCCGAUUUUCUGCUGUCGAAGGUGAUCAACGCUGAGAACGCCGCGCACCGUUCGGAAAAGUUUGCCACGAUGGCCACCCGGACGAGGCAGGAAUAUCUGAAGGAUCUUACCAGCAACUACACCACAGCGACGCUGGUUGACACCGGCCAAAAGUUCUCGAUCUUCCCGAGCAAAAAGCGCGAACGUAGCAAACCGAGAUUCUCCGGAGAUUUGACCCAACGGGGUGCGUUCUGCUGGCAGGUCGUCUUACAUGACAGUGGCCAAUCGACGCAGGUCGACUGCUUCCUGGGCAUUUCCGCGGAAACGUUCGUCCUGAUCGAGGAAUGCUCGCGGCAGAUCAUCUUCGUGACACCGUGCAAGGCGAUUCUGGGCUGGUCAACCAGCCAGAAUUCGCUGCGGGUGUAUCAUCAUCAGGGGGAGUGUGUAACGUUGAAUAUGCGAGACUCUGGGGAUCGGGACGAACAACUUGAGGUGAUUGAACGGCUUCGUGCCGUUACGAACGGGUGUGGUGCGUUGGAGCUCAGCUUGAGAAGGAAUCCGAUGGGUCAGCUUGGGUUUCACGUGCAACCGGAUGGCGUUGUGACGCAGGUUGAAAUAUCUGGACAGGCGUGGACGGCUGGGUUGAGGCAGGGUUAUCGAUUGGUGGAGAUUUGCAAGGUUGCUGUUGCGACUUUGUCGCACGAUCAGAUGGUUGAUCUGCUGAAGACCUCCGCGCAGGUAACGGUCACGGUGAUUGAGUCGUUCGCGGACUUUAGUCCUCGUCGUGGAUGUUCUCUGCAGAACUGUCGCUUCAACUCGAUGAAUUACGAAAACGACUACGACACGGUUCCGGAUCGAGCGGACAAAAAUGGCAAGAAGCAUCUACCCAGUGCGCAGCUUCAGUCGGCGAACCACCGAAGAAGGUACGAACGGAAUUUCUCACCUCCGAGGUCAAGCAAUAGCUCAGGCUACGGAACGGGCAGUAGCAGUCGAUCGUUUACCGCACUGAAUGGUGGACAAAAUGGAGCUGUCCCACCGAACGACCACCGAUACGUGCCAGAUAUGGGCACGCUAACCAGCUCAUCCAGUGGUCACUCUUCCAACGACGAACGAUGGUACGACGUGCUAGAUCCUCCCCAAGAAACUCCCGCCCCCUCAAUGCCUCCUACCCAGGAACCUCCAAGCUAUCAUCACCCAAAGCUAACCGCCUCCAGCAAUUCCUUGCCCCUCGCCGGUGGAACUCCUCGCCCGCUUUCGCUGCACACCGACCCACGCAACCUACCCAACGGAAGCAAUGCCAACGCAAACGCCAACAUAGCCCUGCUCAAGCGACUCAUCAUCAGUGAAAACAACGGCCACGAAAACGGCUCCGGCGAACCGCUGUACAGCAGUUCGAUGAAGAACCUGGCGAACCACCACCAGCUCAGUGCCACCGAAGAGGAGGACCUGUCGCGGCACAACUCUCCCCAGCUCAAGCGAUCGGCCACGACGACGAACAUUUACGGAAUCAACGGCAGAAAGCCAGCGGCGUUGACGGGAGGUGCGUUGAGUUCGAGCAGUACGAAUAGCUCACGGAACAACAGUCCCCGGCCAAACGCUGGCGUUAGCGAUGCGAAGCUUCGUUCGAAGAAUCCGGUUCCUCAGCGAAAUAGCGUAAAUUACACCGGAAGUUCGCUCCAGGAAGACUUGAUGAAGCUGAUCAAUCCGGAUUACAUUGCGGCCGCCAGUGAUGACAACUUCAACGGGGGCUCGCUCGAGAAGAUGCAAAAGGGCAACCCGAACAGUCACAGUCUGGGGAACAUCUCGUCUCUGACGGCCGCGAGCGGUCUCAAACCUAUCCAGCAGCUAACGCAAAAGUCACGCUCUCGUGAAGGCAUCAACCUGGGCUCGUCGAACAACCUGAAGGUGGCGAAGCAGAAUGGUAGCGGUGGCGGUUCGGAGCAGGAGUCGGAUGUGAUCUUUACGACGGCUCGACCCGCCACGGUGAUUUCGUCCACGACGAGCAACUGCUCCAGCCCUGCCAGCGAGUUGAACAACAAUAGCUCUUCGAGCAACAAGCUGCACAUCAACGAGGACCACCUGAAGAUGUCGCCGAGCAGGAAGCAGCAGAUGAUGGUGGCCGCCGCAGCUGCGGGUGGAAUUUUGAAGAAUAGCUUGAAUGGAGCUGGUGGAUCUGGGGGUAAGAUACCCCUGCCCGACAUGAAGGAGAUGGACUGGAGCAGUCUGGUCGACACGGCUACCAAAGCAAUGACGCAGCUGACCGAGUCCGCCUCCAAGUCCCACCCGCAAGGUAACGUGUACUACGACGACAUCAACCAAGUGCUGAACGGAGUAGUUCAACAACAGCAGCAACAACAACAGCAAAACUCGCUGCAAAUCCCACCGCUUCAGAAUGGUUCUGGAACGCCGGUCUUCUCCGAGCUCUCCUCCACCCCAAGCUCGGUCUCGCCGGUCUCGACUGGAAGUGGAAGCACCGCCAGCAAUAGCAACCAGCAGCAGUCCAUGAUGCAGAACAGUCACAGCUUGCCGGAGCUGCAAUGCCAGGUGACCCAGCUAUCGGAUCGGGUUCUGCGAGAGCAACGCCGUCGACGAUCACUCGAACAUGCCGUCCGUCGGCUGACCGAGGAGAAUCGCCGGCUGCAGGACGAAAGCCAGGCUGCGGUUCAACAGCUGCGUCGCUUUACCGAGUGGUUCUUCCAGACCAUCGACCGGCAGUCUUAAACUCACACACACACACGUGCACGCGUGCUUAGCCAAUAGCGUCUUCCAAAGUUUUUCUCACACUCAUAUUUAGCCAACAACAAGCAAUCACACACCUGUUUCUUAUAUAGGCAGUUAUUUAACCACGUUUACACGACCGUUAGCCUUUGGUCAAGCUCUUUAUAGAACGUAUUUUUAAAAAUUACAUUAACACGUACCAACUUACAAUCGCAACUUAUCGAGCUAGACAAAUUUGCUAUAAAACGCUGCAACGUUACAAUAAGUUUUGUAUCUCUUGGGUGACCAAAAAUGUAAUAUUAGUGAAAAUAUAUAACGUAAAAACAAAACAGUAACAAUCAAAAGCAAAAUUGAAACAACACCAAUAUUAUGCGUCCUUCUUACAUAAUAUAUACACACACACCAGUCUUAUUAGUGCAUUAAGUCGAGUAGAUUGAACUAUUUAUACACUUUUUGCUAGUGCGGUUAUUACAUUUUCUAACAAACAUUUACACACGUGUAUUUAAAGCGAACCCCAGCGUAAUUUAACUUCUUGGAUUUGUAGGAUUACAACUCAUUAAAAACAACGGAAACAUACCAAAUACAGCCUCCUUAAAUCGUGUAAAAUCUGUUAAUUUAAAGCGUAUAUUAUUUGUGGUUAAUUCUAUUUUUACGACAAGACAAAAACUGCUACUAGUUUAAGACGUUGUUGAACUCUUCGCUGUAAAGCUGUAUUUUGAACUCGAUUAAGCUUCUUCCUUUAUCUGUACGCUAGUUUGUAACUAUGACCUGGUUAGUUUAACGCACUUUGUUGUAAGAAACAAAACAAAAUCUUAUAUCUAUGUUGUACUUUACUGUAAAUUUAAAAUGUAUGAGGUUUAUUUAAGUUAAACUAUAGAUUUACCCUGAUCUAUUCUGCCUUGAGAGCGAUCAAAAUUCGAAAAUCGGUUGUAUAAUCGCGCGUAGUGAUUUAGAUGAACGCAAACUUACUCUUAUGCUACUGUAAUAAUUGAAACACAUACACAACAUACACAUGUACUCGUACACAUCAAAUCAAUAUCGAGCUAUUCACACAUUCAAUUCAUUGAAAUAAAUGCAAAAUGUU